GCCCCGGGCGAACUUCGGCGGGGAGGGCGGCGCGGAGGGCGGGGAGAGCAGCGGGCAGCCCCCCUCCCCGGCAGGUCCCGGCGAGCGGCCGCGUCUUCUCUCCUUCCUCCUCCCGCGGGCUCGGCUGUGCGGCGGAGCUGCCGGGGAAGAGGCAGCGCGAGAGACGCCUGGCUUUGUCUCUCCAGACGGGGCUCUUACGCAAGCCGCCCUCCUUCCCCUUUGCAGGAGGCGGCCGAGAGGAGCCGGGAAGAUGCUGGCUGCGCGGGGCCCCCCCGACGCCCUCCGCCAGCCUCGUCCGCGCUAUGCGUAGAGGCGGGGGAGCCCCGAGGAGUCCGGACCGGCGCCAGCGGGACCUUCCCAUCCCUCCGCCGGCCGGAGAGCCCCCUUGGGCGGCAGAGCGGCCGGGCUCCUCCGGAGUCGGCAUGGCCCGCCGAGACCUCCUCCUGCUGACCUUGGCCGGGCUGCUGCUGGAGGCCUGGAGUGGAGGCCACGCGGCGGGCACCAGGCAGCCCCGCUUGCGCCUGGCGCAUAGAGAGCUGUGGGAUAUGAACCGGACGUCAGUUUUUCAUAGUCCAUCUGGAUCGCUUGGCCUUCAUGUGAUGCUUGUGGACGAGUAUCAAGAUCGGCUCUUUAUUGGAGGAAAAAACCGGAUCUAUUCUCUCAGCUUAGACCGAGUCAGUGAAAAUUACAGAGAGAUUCACUGGCCCAGCAGCUCCCAGCAGGUGGAAGAAUGCACAAUCAAAGGGAGAUCUAUGGAGGAAUGUGCAAAUCACAUCUGUGCUUUACACCGAUACAACCGAACACACCUGCUGGCCUGUGGAACAGGAGCCUUCGAUCCCGUCUGCGCCUUCAUCAGAGCCGGCCAUCAGUCAGAGGAUCAUCUCUUUCAUCUAGAAGCUCACCGAUUAGAGAAAGGAAGGGGCAGAUGUCCAUAUGCACCAAGUUCUUCCUUCAUGUCCACUUUAUAUGGAAGCGAACUAUUUACUGGACUGUACAGUGACUACUGGGGGAGAGACGCUGCCAUCUUCCGCCUGAUGGGCCGCCUGGCUCACAUCCGGACUGAGCCUGAUGAUGAACGGCUGCUGAAAGAGCCUAAAUUUGUUAGUUCCCACGUGAUUCCUGAUAACGAAGACCGGGAAGACAAUAAGGUGUACUUCUUCUUCACCGAAAAAGCGUUGGAGGCAGAAGCAGGUGCCCAUGCUCUCUAUGCCAGAGUGGGCCGAGUCUGUGCAAAUGACAUGGGAGGACAAAGGAUGCUGGUGAAUAAGUGGACCACUUUCCUCAAAGCCAGACUGGCAUGUUCUGUACCAGGGAUGAAUGGCAUUGACACGCAUUUUGACGAGUUGGAGGACAUAUUUUUGCUCCAGACUCGGGAUAAUAAAAACCCGGUGAUAUUUGGACUCUUCAACACUACAAGCAACAUAUUCCACGGGUAUGCGGUCUGUGUCUAUCACAUGGCCAGUAUUCGGGCAGCUUUCAACGGACCGUACGCUCACAAAGAAGGGCCGGAAUACCACUGGUCUGUGUAUGAAGGCAAAGUGCCCUACCCAAGACCUGGAUCGUGUGCCAGCAAAGUGAAUGGGGGUCUGCACGGGAGCACCAAAGACUAUCCGGACGAAGCCAUCCGCUUUGCUCGAACCCACCCGCUAAUGUAUCAGACCGUCCGGCCGGUGCACAAGAGGCCAAUUCUUGUGAAGACAGAUGGAAAGUACAGACUCAAACAAAUAGCAGUAGACAGAGUGGAAGCAGAAGACGGCCAAUACGAUGUCUUAUUUAUCGGGACAGAUACUGGAAUUGUCUUGAAAGUUAUCACAAUUUACAACCAAGACACAGAAUCAAUGGAGGAAGUGAUUCUUGAAGAGCUGCAGGUGUUUAAAGUGCCAGCUCCUAUUAUUUUUAUGGAAAUUUCUUCCAAAAGACAACAAAUCUAUGUUGGGUCUGAGUCUGCCAUUGCACAGGUGAAAUUCCAUCAGUGUGACAUGUAUGGGUCGGCCUGUGCCGACUGCUGCCUGGCAAGAGAUCCCUACUGUGCCUGGGAUGGGAUCUCCUGUUCCAGAUAUUAUCCCACAGGAACACAGACAAAAAGACGCUUCCGUAGACAAGAUAUCCGUCAUGGAAAUGCAGCUCAGCAGUGCUUCGGCCAGCAAUUGCUAGGAGACGCCUCGGGCAAGGCAGAGGAGCGGCUGGUGUAUGGCAUAGAGCACAACAGCACCCUCCUGGAGUGUGUCCCCAGGACCCUGCAAGCCAAAGUGAUCUGGUUUGUGCAGAGAGCCCACGAAACCCGGAAGGAAGAGGUGAAGGCUGAUGAGAGGAUCCUUAAAAUGGACGUUGGCCUGUUGUUUUUAAGACUGCACCGGAUGGAUGCUGGGACGUAUUUUUGCCAGACGGUGGAGCACAGCAUCGUUCACACGGUGAGAAAAAUCUCCCUGGAAGUGGUGGAAGAGGAACGUGUCGAUUACAUGUUCAGCAAGGACUAUGAAGAGGAGCUGGCUCAGAAAAUGCCCUGCCCUGCCCAGAGCAGCAUCUCCCACGGAUCAAAGCCCUGGUACAAGGAGUUCCUGCAACUCAUAGGCUACAGCAAUUUUCAGAGAGUGGAGGAAUAUUGUGAAAAAGUCUGGUGCACAGAUAAGAAGAGAAAAAAGCUGAAAAUGACUCCAUCUAAGUGGAAGUAUGCCAAUCCACAAGAAAAAAAGGCACGUAUCAAAUCAGAGCACUACCGAGUUCCCAGGCACACCCAGGCUGACUCCUGAUGGGUGAGAACCCAUGAUAUCGUGUGGCCCCUCCCCCAUCCCCCCAAAAUAAAUCCAUUCAGGAGUCCUUUGUGGUGUUUGGACCCAAUGAAAGAGGAUGUUGAGACUGAAAACGAGCUAAAAUGCUUUUAGUAAAUUAUAUACUUGAUGUCUAUUUAGAUGCAUUUUUUUAAAAAAAAACUACUUAAUUGUUGAAUUUUAAUUGUAUCAUUAUGAAUCAAGUUUCAAUUGAAAGACAAUCUGACAAUCUUCAUAUUUAGCAUUUAGUCCAAUUAAUCAUGGACGUGCUUGCACUGUAUAUUUUAGUGUAUUUGGGGGUAUUUAAGUGAAUUCAGAUUGCUGAUGUUUUGAUAAGCAAAGCAACAGUAAAUUUUAUCGUUUGGGGGUUUUAUUUCAUUUCAAACAUAGCUAUAAUUGAUUUUCAUGUGGCAUAUCCUAAAGCCUCAUUCUAAAUUCUAGAAAUUUUACAGUUUUCCCUUCUGAAAAGCAUGUUGCCAAUUCUUCCUUGGUUUGUAUAUGUGAGGGCAUGGGAUGAGCAGUGAACAGGAAGAAGGUAAUCAUAAAUAAAAGCUGAAAAACAAACGAAAAGCAAAACUAUUUGAACAGUGCAGCCGCGCAUAUCUGCAGAAGCAAUGAGAAGAUGUCUUCCUUGCAAUGAACAUAUUAGCAGGCGCAAAAUAUUACUGUAAAAUUUUCCUGAACUGAGCCCAACUAUUUCACUGAUGGCUUCUGGGGCCUUGUACCAAGAAGGAUAAUGGAUGAUCCCAGGUUCAUUGUGUGAGGAUCAUUUACAGGCCUACAAAACAAGAUUUAAAAUUAGCCGUGUGUGUGGAUAUGAUAGGUAUAUUAAAGAGAAAGUCUUGCCAGUUCUAUCAUUUCUGUGUUUUGUCCCUUCUAGGUCUGUUCUUACCAUAAAGUCCUUCUCAUACAUGUAGAAAAUUUGUACUAAGCAGGAUGCCUAUUUGAAUGGUUAAUAUUGUUAGCGAGUGUCUGCAAUUUAUUGCCACACUUGAUAUUAUUUCCAUCAGCUUCUCAAGUACAGCCAAGGUGCGUCUUUCUUUUAAAAGGCUGAGAUCAGCAUCUACGCUGGGAGGAAGGGGCCUACUGUUAAACUCCCCCCGCCUUCACAGCAAGAAGGUGCAGAGCACCCCCCACGCACUGCGUGCAGGCACGAAGCUCUGAAUUGGAUAUUGGAUUCAGAUGAAUGGGCUUUCCAAACUUCAUUAGUAAGUCACAUUAAAUCUGGUGUCACAACAGCCGUCUCCUAACCGAUUUAGUGAUUUAGAAAUACUUUUUCUCACAUUAAUUUGAAUCAUUGGAUUGGGGUGUCAAUAUUUUAAACUGAAUUGACUGUUUUAAUGAAGUAAUAUUCCUAAUACGCAUUUUAAAUAUCCGUAUAAGCUAAAAAUAGGCAGUGCUGCACUAAUGGUGUUAAGUGAUUAUAUGAAAAACCUUAAUUAAAUAAGCACCACUGGGUUGGGCCAUUCAAAGGUCCACCUGUUGAUGAGAAAGACUCCAGCCAUGAAUUAUUUCUCAGCAUCUCAUACCUGCUGGCCUGGCAUUUCUUACAGCAUCAACUGCUAACUGCUGUGCCAACACUUUCUUCCACUUUGACUCCCUGACUUCAGUAUCCACUUCCUGAUUUGCCAUGACCAACCCGAUCUCCCUCUUUCUGGCCUUGGGAUUGUUCUGCAAAUGUGCCUCACAUCGCAUUGCCUCCUCUGGAAAGGCUCUAGUGUCGUGUCCCACUCCCCCUCCGACGACCGGGUCUGGGAAGUCUGUAUCAAGCGUGGCCACGAAGCCUCUGCAGCUUUGCCAAAUUCCUUUCAGAUUUCUCAGGCAGGCAGGAAUCCAAGGUGUGACUUCAGCAAACCAGAUGAGACUUCGCUUG